AUGAAAUCAUCUCGAUCUGGCCAAAAAAAUGUCAUCCCAAUUACUCGAUACACGCCAGCUCGCGUACGUGCAUUAUCAUUGUUCAUGCCCGGAUUCGUGGCCACUAGCGAAUCAUCGCUUUCUAAUGCACCCGCUGCUUUAACUAUGACAUCGACAUCGGCAUCGACAGGGUCACCAUACUAUCUUUCAUGCGGUGUUUGUCGCUGGGAUUCUCAGGAAAUAGGGAUGACCUUUGAAAAGGCAACAGGAUUAGCUUUGCAAUUGCAGAAGACUGAAGAUGAAAGACCAGAUGUAAAAGAGUUUGAUCAUCUUAAGGAGCACUUUGAGAAACAUCUACGCCUUAAUAUCCCUUCUACCACACUUCCUUCUUCGUUAUUAUCCAUACCCGGAAUGAGCAGCUUUAGUAGCCGAUAUGGUGGCUCUGGAAUGGCUCAUGCGCAGCAAAAGUCUGAUGAUGUUGCACCAUAUGAGGCGGUUGGAAAAGUUGAGAGUGAUAACAAAUUAGUUGAUGAUUUGGUUCAAUUGAAAGAUGUCAAUCAAAUUACCACACUGGCACAAAGGAUGAAUCAACACAGCGACCAGCCCUACAAAGUGGAGCUACUUCAACCGCAACGCAUUCACCUUCGUACAAAACGAGUAAAACGUUGCCGUUCAUGUCGUCAUAUUCUCAUUAAACCCGAACAAAAGGCUCAGGCAACCAGAUUUAAGAUCAAACUUGUUGCCUUAAAUAGUAUCCCAAAAAUCUCCAUAGCAAGCUUGCCAAAACUUAUACUCAAUCAACCCACGCAAAUUGUUUUAAAAUUUUCCAAUCCAUUGUACGAAGAAAUAAUGGUGGACCUGAAGCUGAAUGACGAACCUUUGGAGUAUGGGAAGAUCACGAUACCUUCCCCUCAUUUCAACAUAACGCCAUAUAAUGAGGUCUGGGAGUAUGACGAGCCGGAAUUAGUUCCGUCGAGAUCUCGUCCUCAAUCAUCUGCUUCUAUCACGCCAAGAACCGACGUCAUUGGAAUUUACGAAAGACGGGGCAAUUACACCAGUAUCAUUGUUGAAAUUACACCAUUGUCUGAAGUUGAAGAGUUUAAGUCGGAAGAUUCUGAGGAAACGACAGAUAAAACGGCUGCACCUAGCACAAGUUCAAUCAUGAAGAGUUUAUCGUUUUGGACCAUAAUUGGGUUGGGUUCUGUGGUCAAAGCUCCGGUGCCGUCCAGGAGUAAUCAUGGCAAUAGUGGAGUGGUUCGUUCCAAUAGCAAUAGCGGGAAAUCCUGA